AUGCCAAUCACCGAACGUCAAAGGGAGAAUCUGGAAAAAGCAAGGAUAGCAAAGCAAAAGAAACGCGAAGAGGAGGAACAGGCCAAAAAAAAAGAAACGUCAACUUCCCGGAGCGCGAAAAAGUCCCAGGCAAACCGGGAUACUAUUAUGUCAGAUUCGAGUGAAGAAGAGGUUGUAGUCACGAAACGUAAGAACACUCCUGUGCCAAAAAAGAAAAAGAAGAAGGUUGUUUAUAUCUCAGAUAGCGAUACCGAGGAAGAAGUCGUUUAUAAGAAAAAAGCGACCAAGAAAACUUUCAAAGAACCUCCGAAACUUGAAGUCCCACAAGAGUAUCUACCGCCACAACCUCCGAAAAGAACAUUCUAUGAUUCUGGAAUGUUCGGCAAUAACGAGUCUUUCCACUCAGUUCAACCCGAUACCGGUUAUACAUUCGCCGCUGAUGGUAACAACGUUAUCCGCCUCACUUUGAAUUCUACGAAUCAACUUGCCAGUUUGUACCAAUCUUACUUCCGUUUCAAGAUUCGCGCAAAAGAUAACGCAGGUGGUAGCGUGGUGAACACUAAUGGUCUCGCAUCAUGUAUCCAACGGAUACGAGUUCUCGUUGCAGGGGUUCAAGCAUACGAUAUCGACAACUACGGCGAUAUUGUAAUGGACGAGGCUUAUACGUAUGCCUCACAGAACAAAAAGGCCAUGUUGAAUAACUUGGAGGGUUUCCGGAACCCGGAUGCUUUGAAAACUGGCCAAGCAUGGGUCCACCAUCAACCUCUCCUUUCACUUUUCCGUGUAAACAAAGAGUUCCCCCUGCCUGUAGUUCCUGGCUCAGGUAUCCAGAUUGAAAUCUACCUGAAACCGUCUCGUAACUUUUUCGUGGGCGGUACAGGUCAACCUACUGGUUAUUCUGUCGAGGAAUUUUCAUGGAACAUGCCAAUGAAGACCCCCUCCAUCAAAUAUAUGGAAGAUCUCAAGGAAGGCGUUGCAAAGGGUCACUCUCUCUGGCUUCCUUUUGUUCAAACCAAGACGCAGAUCAGUUACUUCUCGGGAGCCAACGAAAGCGAAUUCGUUACAGUUGUGGGUCCCUCGACUUCUAUUCAAAGCAUCUCUCACCGCUUUGUGGCAAGUGACGAUUACAACAAUCCCGCUAAGGAUAAGAACCGGAUCAGUAAGAGCAUGGGACUCUCCGAAUGGUAUCUCCAGUACGGAUCUACCAAACUCCCCAACACGAGGAACUUCAAGUAUUCCAACGACGACCCUGUUGACAAGGAGACACAUCUUAUCCAGUACCUCUCCGCACUCUCAGGUGACUUUGCGGAUGAAGUCAACAUCUCUGACUUCUCCACGUUGGACAAUGAGAAUUUCAAACUUUCUUACAACUGGUUGCAGACCGGCGAACGUUUCGGGUCCGGAUUACAACUCCUUGAUGCAAAUGCUCAAAUUCGCACUCAUGUUAUCUGCUCAGAUGCUGUACCCGCUACAACUCGUUGCGAGUCCAUGCUCUUCCGAGAUGCUAUCUUGGAGAUCAACCCUAGCCUCGUGCAGAUCCAUACGAACCCAAUGCCACGAAAACGUAAGGUUGUAAGCCUUCCAAACACAGUUAUCGCAACGAAAGUCCGAACUGCAAAAUCCGGUCGGCCACCAAAAGGUAAGAUUCCCCCACAACUCCUCCCGUUCAUUCUGAAGCGUAAAAAGAAGACUCUAUGUGUUGCGAAUUGCUGUAACCCUGCCGCAGCAUCAUUUGCCGUACCUAAUCCUUUAUCGGCGGCGGUAGUUGCAGGAAGCAACAAACCUCUUUAUCAGAACACGAUAAACAUUCCGGGACGCGGUAUCUUUCAAAAGGACCUUCCGUCUCGUCUGCUCUACGGAGGACAUACAAAGAACUAUGAAAGCCGGAUCCCUUCGGUGAUUCCGGAAGUUAAUGAGAUCCCUUUCCGGCCUAUCGUUGAAAUCUCCAAGAACCAAAAGUUCGCCCUUGAGUUCUAUCAAGGAAAGGAGAUCUAUGAAAAGCGGAAGGCGUUCGCCGAUAAUCUCACAACAGGCGUUACUCCAAGAGGUCCUGGCGGCGGUGGCGGUGGUAUCGGGCGAGACUUUUAUGCACAAACCGGUGAAGACUCGAUCCCUCCCAAGUUGCGAGAUGCUGCAAUCCGCGAAGGUCGUGCAUCUUCCAGAAACAAUGGAGGAGCCCCUCGUGCGAAUCCAAACAACCCUAUAGUAUCCUACUCUCCAGAUGUUAUCGCCGCUAAUCCGAAUCUCGUUGGAACUCAGACCCAGACCUCACCACGUCCUGUUGGAAGCCGGCGCCCCGAUUCGAUACCGGUGUUGAGCAAUCUGGCUCACCAAAGUACACUUGGGACGAUGCAGUGGACGGCAACGGAUAACUCUACCGAUAGAGCCGCUGCUCCAGAUGUCGAAACAGUGCCUGAACGCCUUACGAUCAAUAUUCCUCCGAGGCUUCGUGAUAGACCGCCGAUCUAUGCAGCACCGCACCGACCUCUCCAUUCCAUAAUGGGGAUCUCUCCGACGGGGUUGAACGCAGACAUUCAACAUUUGGUGAACAACUACCCGAAUGCCCCCUAUGUUCCGCAUGCUACACUAUUUCCCGAUACUAAUUACUCUAGACAUACCAUUGAUCAACCGAACGGAUGGAGGGCAGAGAUGGAAACUGCGCGCGAUACAGACGACGAUAUGGCACGAUUGAAUGUCGCCUUUCAGAACAUGACAAUGCAUUCGCUACAAACAGGACCAAGCAAUGAACCGGUAAGGCCUAGGAUACCGACCAGCAACCUGGAACGAGACCGUGAUGUAGAAAUUCCAGGAGCGUUCCCACGUAGAACUCCUACACCUGUGAUCUCUCCGAACUUGUCUGCCACUCCACAAGCGACGGAGCCACAUCUUGGUAUUCCAUUCCAUCAACGUCCCGCUUCUGCUAGGAACUCUUUGAAUGGUGACCGCCACCCGAUACCUGCUCCAGCAUCUCCUGUAAGAUCACCUACAAUGGCGCCGCCGUUGACGAUGGAUGCAGCGCCCGCACAAAGUCCGAUGGAGAUCGUUGAGCAAACUUCAGCCAGAUCUCCUAUCGAUAGCGUUUCUCCGUUUCUGCGCAGAAGCAGCCGCCCAUCCGUCGCUCCGCAGGUGUUGUCCUACGAUGAAGACUUUAAUCAGAUUGAUACUCGUGCAACAAGUUCACAACCUCCUGCAGGCCGACGUGGAAGGUAG